AUGCCUUCUGCGCGGGCGCUGUCAAGAUGUGUGCAGCGUAAGCUUGAAUCUGCCUACGCCAGGAUAACGCUCAACAAGACCACCACCUUCUUUUUCCUUCUCGCUUUCGCCCACUGCCUUGCGCAGGGGAUUAUUCAGGCCACUCUUUUCUCAGUCGACACAGCGUACACCAGCCUACUCGACUCAAUCAUCGACCAGACAGUCAUUUACACCGACCCUGUGACUCUGGCCAAGAAAAACAUCGCCCCCACCAACUUCACCUAUUUGAGGGGGGAUAGGGGAAAUGGGGAUUUCUCGGGGUUCGUUUUGAAGAUGUGCGACGACAUACCCUUCGCUGGUUUACCGAGUGAUCCGUGUAUAGAGGUGUUCGCAGAUGGGGACAUUCCUUUCCCUGAGGGAGAGGCACCAGUCCCUGUCCAACUCCAUACCAUGCAGAAGUACCAGCUUCGCCCCGUCUAUGAUAAAAUUAAUACCUCUCUUGUGAUUGGUGUGGACAUAUUGCAGAACGAGCGGCCCAUCCGAUCCAGUCCCGUCCUCACCACACAGUGCACGAAGGUCUUAGACUAUCCCAGGCAACUCCUCAAUAAUGCGCGCCGGGAAGAUUUGUCCUUCAUUUUCAUACAAUUCUGGCUGUUCAGCGUGUCAGUGGUCGCUAUCAUGUACGAGUCCAUUCCUCAUACAUUGUCAGUUCUGUUUGCUCGCGCCCUUGCAACCGGCUGGUCUGGAUACGCGCUAUGGCGAACGAAGCACAACUCCAAGGUCUUUGAGACUCUGUUCAUCAGGGACAACACGCCGUGUAGAAUCGACCUUUGGGAUGGCUGGAGUCAAGCGAGAGUCGAUGCUGAGAUUCCUGAUAUCAUCCUCAACUGUACGGCGCUGACCUUAUCUUGCUACCUCUCAUGGACGCUGGUUAAGAGGUACAAUCAGCAAUCGUUCAAAUGCAUGGGGCCUCCACAGGCAAUCGUCAAGAUCUACCGAUUUUUUAUGGCCGUCCUCGUGUCUCUUCAGCUGGGAACGCUCUUUCUUGUCGCCGCAAUGGGCCUUUGGACUGACCAAAUGUUCAACACCGCGAUUGGCCGCACAUCCCAAUUCAUAGAGGUGUACGAGGCUCUUAUUAUUGGCACGACCGUGCUCUUACUUCCAUGGAUAGCUUUGGGUUGGUAUGCCAUCCGUCAUGAAAGGAAGGUGUUGAUGGCCAUCUUCUUGGUUAUUGGCUUCGUGUUCUUGGGCGGGUGGUCCAGCAUGUUUUACUCUCGCGUCUAUGCGUGGUCGCUUGUACAGUGGCCGUUCUUGUUCAGUAUGACGGUUUGCUCCUUCGUGUUGAUCGUUGCCAGUAUGAUCCUCGGAAUCAUCUGCUGGCUCAAUUUCAACAAAGGGUUAUCCCAGUACCUGCGCGCUGAAGCUAUCCUUGCCUCGUCCAACUUUGCCCCAAGUGUGUUCAAGCACGAUCCCGAUGCUGUUUCCCAAGCUUCCCACGAUCUCGCACCCUCUGACCCUGAGAAAGGUGCACCCAAGGCCAACCACAACCCCAGCCCGUCGUACGGCUCUGAUAACCCUCUUCCUACCUACUAUCUACCUACGCUGCAUUCCUACGAAUCCAACGCUUCUCGUAUCUGA